GAGGAUAAGAGAUAAUCACGAUUUGAAUGCAUCCCCAUAUUUCCCUACAAAUACAAGUUCUAGGAUUAAAAUGAAAUAAAUAUAUAAUUGUGCAGACUUGGUUCAAAAAUCACUUACAGCUUUAUGUCUCGAAAAUCCUGAGUGGCAUCAGGAACAAAGUGGGUAUGUACUCCAGUGACUAGUGCUUUUACGACUAACCCAGUGUUAAGAUUACACCUGCUUAAAGACACAUCAAACUUAUGUAAUCUUGAUUCUUUUUUUCAUAGUUAACCAGUCGGUUCUUUGCAUAUACCAAAUGUUUUAUUUUCCUUUGCUGUCACAAAACUUGAGUGAAGACUAAGAAUAUGAUAUUUUUUGAAACACCAUGUGAUGUUACAUAAGCCACAUAGAGACAAAUAAUAAUGCAAAACAUUCAACCUGGAAGUGGUUGAAUGUUUUGUUAUCUGUCUCUACAGGGCUUAUAUAACAUCACAUGGUGUUUAAUUCGGCAAGCAGAAAUAGUUUCGUUAUAAAAGUUGUAAAUGAAUGUAGAAGAGCAGAAAGAAGUGCAAUCUGUGCAUUCAUAAAAGAUAUGGAUUUUCAAAGUUUAUGGACUCAAUAGCUGUUAGUUUGUUUUUCAGUAUAUAGAUAAAUGUUAUAAGAGUCUUUUCAUAAUCAUUCUGCAUUGAUCUCUUAGUUUUACAGUCUUAUGAAAUAAGAAGUGAAUAAGUUAUGAAAAUAAAUGAUGCGAGUUGUUGAACAUGAAACAGUGUCAAAUGUUUGUUUAUGAAAGUUUGUUAACAAUGUAAAUAUUUAUUUGUAUUUCACAAAUUAUGUGAAAUUCUUUACAAAUUUAUAAUUAUGACCCUGAAUAGCAUUUGUUUUUAAUAUAGAUGUGCCUGUUGUUAGGAUACAUGUUCAAACAGUCUACAUCUUCAAAAAUGUUUUUAAGUUAUAUAAAGUUAUGUACUUGAAUCAGAAAAGACUGUAAAAAAGUCUUGCAAGUCUACAUACAGUACAUGUGCUUGGGAGUGUCAUUAUUGAAGAACAAUUUGUUCAAAAACACUCAAAUAACCUUUUUCAACCACAGGAUGAGGAUGUUUUUUCCUGCGUUAUUCUAAUCGACACACAUACUAUGUACAUGUACAUAUGUUCAGUCUCCCCCCAGAACCCGAAUACAACGUCACACACCCUGCGAACGGACUUUCCGAACACGUAAUAGGUUAUUUUCUUUGCAAUCUCAUUUUCCGGUCUUCCGGAAUGGACUUCACCACGUUUUGAUUUGAAAGUGGCGCACAAUAGCCUUUAUUUAUUUAAGUAUAAGGCACAAUUAUUAUUUUAUUAUUAUUUUAUUUAUUAUUUUAAAUCUGACAUGAAACAUCUGAUCCAUGAAAAUAAGUUUUAUCUUAGAAGUAGGAUGUUUUCAAAUGAAUGAGGUGAAAGACAGAUAUCCGUCAAAAUGAAAUGUGCAGAAUCUCAUUGCUGUUUUGUGGUUAAACAGACCAAGAGAUGAUCGAGAUGAAUUUGGGAAUUCUUAGCAAUACACAUGCAGUAUAUGACCCAUAAUAAUAGAAAAGCCUAUAUCUAUAAAACAUAUAUGUCUAUAAACACCUCAUUAAUCACUCAGGGAAAAAAUUGUCUUUUGCUGCAAUGAAGAGUUUCUAAAAUAAGAAACAGAAACAACAAAAUGCCACAUAAUUUCUGAAGAACUUGUGGAGACAGUCUGACUAGCAACUACUCACUCUGUAAAUGAACACAUGUAUAUACAAUAUGAAUACACACACACCACACACACACACACACACACACACACAUACACCAACACCCAGUGGGGAAACAGUCUGUCUUGACAAAUUUCCAUUAAAUGUCAUGCUAAACAUUAUAAAAGGGGUGACCCGAACAUUUUCUAGAGCACUCGCCCUAAUAAUUGCUCUCUCACUCACGUCUGUCUAACCAACACUCGCACAACAGAGGCACCACAGCCCUUUGCUGAGGAGAACGUAUAGGAAAACGCUAAAGCAUACAGACUGACUGUCUCAAGGAAAAGCUAGACAAAGAAAAAGGUGUGGGAGGAAUGCAUCAAAAUGGUCCUGGAAUAUACAGAGGUGAAGAUAACCGGAGCAGUCACCAACAUCAGUACCAAGUGGAAGACAGUCCUACAUUUUCCAGCAUACAGAUGAAACCCGGAGGAAGCAGUUCACCUCUGACCUCAGCAAAACACAUGGCUACCAAGGUAUCUGUUGCUAUGGAGAGUGAUGUCAGAGGUGCUGGCUCAUCUCACAUUCAAAAUUCCAUUCUACAACAGCAGAGAGCCAGUGAAAAUACAAGCAAACAUUUUAGACAGCACAGACCAUCAGUACUACGCAAAGGCAACCAGCCUUUCCCACAAGUUACUGGAUGUGGUGUUCAUGAAUGGGUUGUGGACACUGUGUGUAAGACAGAACCUGACAGCGACCUGUCAGACGUGGUCCCACUUUACAACAGCCAAUCUGAAAACAGACUCAAUGCCUCUGCGUCAAGUCCUCAGCCUGGAAGCCCAGAGCAUUCAGGGAAGCAUCCAUAUAGUGUUCCAGGCGGAUAUCUGUGUGUUAAAGGACAAUGCAGGUGGCCAGGAUGCUCAAAGAGCAGGGAAGUGUUCAAAGAAUAUGGACAUUUCUUAAGACACCUUUCUACUGACCAUGCUCCUGGGGACAGAAGUGUAGCUCAGCUGAGGAUGCAGAAAGACAAAGUGCAAUUAAUGGAGAAUCAGUUGACAGCAGAGAGACAGAAACUGCAGGCCAUGCAGCUACACCUGUUUGAUGUCAAAUCUACCUCUGAGGGUGGUAACGGUGUGGAGAAGCCGGGGCAUCUGUCAGGACUCCUGCAACCUGCAACAUGUCAGAACACAAAUGGUCUCUAUGACAGUGAGAGAGUCGCAGCUGAUGCGUUAACACAAGGAUACUGGCAGAUCUCUACCUCACAAGUCAUACCAGGGAUUAUCCCCAGUUUUGAGUAUUACAAGUUAACAAACAUGAGGCCACCAUUUACCUACGCCUCCAUGAUACGAUGGGCGAUCCUGGAGUCCUCAGAGAAGCAGCUUACUCUAAAUGAAAUCUAUCACUGGUUUACCCGCACGUUCUUCUACUUCCGUCACAACACUGCCACAUGGAAGAACGCUGUUCGGCAUAACCUCAGUCUUCAUAAGUGCUUUGUGCGCGUCGAAGGAAGGAAAGGUUCUGUUUGGACUGUAGAUGAAGAGGAAUUUCUCAGGAGAAAAGGGCAAAAGUUACACAGGGACCAGGAUAUGGCCUGGAUGGCACCUUUUCACCUGUUUCCCCUGACUCCACAAGGUGAAACUUACCAGAUAUCAGGCCCAAAUGGACUCUGAUUUAGAGACUGCAAUAACAUUAAACCACUAACAAUAUUAACAACUUUAGAAAGAAUGACACACAUGGUGGUUUUAAAUUCAUAGCUGGUCUCUUUCAGACAUGAUUUAUUUUAAACUUUUUGUGUGUGUGUAAUAAAUUCUUUAAGAAUCAAUAAAGUUAACUUCAUCCAAAGAUCAAAUUAAGAAAUGGAAAUUCAGCCAAUUUUGUGUUAUCCUUAUCACAUUUAAAUGUACUGAUUAAAAUGUACAUGUAACUCUUAUAAUGCCUACAUUUGUACAUCAAUAAUGAUUAUAUUAAUGACAUCGUAAAGUAUGUAAAUACAUUUAAUAUGGCACUUACUACGCUGUUAAACAACUGCUGUACAUUUUUUUUUUUUUUUAAAUAAAGUAUUUGAACCAAACUGAAA